AUGCUCCCCAAGAUCUUUGCCGCCGCUGUCCUGGCCCACGGCCUCGGCGCCGCCGUCGCUUCGCCCAUCGCCGGCCGCGCGGACGCGAGCUCCGACACCGCCUUCACCCACAACGUCACGUACUCGGCGGCCGUCGACGUCAACCCCGCCUUCCCCAUCCACGAGUCAUGCAACGUCACGCUCCAGCGACAGCUCACCCGCGCGCUGGACGAGACGGUGACGCUUGCCGCCCACGCCAAGGAGCAUAUCCUGCGAUGGGGCGGCGAGUCGCCUUUGUGCAAAAGCUGGGCAGGCCACUGGCGCGGGAGCAACGCUACGCAAGAGACCGUCAUCUGCGAUCUUUCCUUUGCGAAGCGGCGCUGGCUCGACGCGACGUGCGGGCUCAGGUACACCGUCGUCGGGUCGCCGCUCAACACCUUUUGGGCUACGGACCUCCUCCACCGGCUACUCCACGUGCCCCAGAUCAGCGAGGGCGCGGUGGAGCACUUUGCCGAAGACUACGCCGAGGUGCUGGAGCUGGCCAAGACGGACCCGGCCAAGUCGGCGCUCGACAGCGACGCGAUACAGUAUUUUGCCAUUGACGUGUACGCCUACGACAUUGCUGCGCCGGGCCAGGGGUGCACCGGGGAGGUGGAGGAGGCUUAG